AUGAUAAGCGGUAUUCGUGUUAAUGAUACUUGUGUAACAGAAUUUAAUAAUAUGAAAAUUCGAAAAACUUGCAGAUGGAUUAUAUUUGUUAUAGAAAAUUGUGAGAUAAUUAUUCACUCAAAAGGAACAACAGAUACAUUAACAGAAUUAGUUGAUUCAAUUGAUAAGAAUCAAAAUAUUCAAUGUGCAUAUGUGGUUUUUGAUGCAGUUAACAAAAUUCACUUCUUUAUGUAUGCUAGAGGAUCAUCUAAUUCAAGAGAUAGAAUGACUUAUGCAUCCAGUAAACAAGCAUUAUUAAAAAAAAUCGAAGGUGUCAACGUUUUAACAUCAGUUAUUGAAGGUGUUCAAGAUGUUGCAGAUUUUAAAUAA